AUAUAAAGUUGAGUUUGAUUUUGAUUUUGAAGACUGGCAUAAUGAACGCAAAUUUAUAUUAAGUAAUGCACGGACCUGCCAAAUAGUACUCGAUAAGGAAUCACCUAAAGUGUCAACAUGAGUGUGUCCCAGAAAGGAGCACUUUAUAGGAGCAGGACGACGAUUGAACUCAACUAUGAAGUCGAUGUGUUGGAUAAUCCUAGAUUGGUUCAUAAGAAAGCGAUACGUACUAAAAUAGGAAAACCUAGUGGUCGUUUGGAUGAAGAAAUGAUAAAACAUCCUGCGUGGUCGACUUGCGCUAGGUAUAAGAUUAACAUUAGUGAUAAGGUUGUCAGAACUUACGUUAAUGAAAUCGUUAGUUAUGGUUUCAAUAAUAGUCAUGUGGAGAUGGUAAUUAAGAGAUCUGUUACUGUUAUAAUGAAUUACUUGAAAUCAAAAGGAUUUCUUGCCACUCUCUGGAUUCAUCCAUUCAUUAACAAAGGUUGUGAUCCCUCGUUUUCAGGGGCGUUAAAAAAUGGUUACUUUCGCUAAGAAUCUUCAGGAUAAAGAUUACACUGAAUGGUGGCAAGGUGAGACAACUUUCUUGAAUUAUCCAGCUAACAAAAACUACGACACAUCUUUUAACUUCAUCAUUAAAAUUUUAAGGCGAGGAUGCAGCUACGAUUGAGUUCACAAAACCAAAAGAGACAAGUUUAACGACGCUAAGAUAGAUUAAUUGUUAAUAUAGGUAUAUAAUUAUCGAAUAUCUGUUUUCAAAGUUUAGUAGCCAAGUGGAAGAUGAAAAGAUGCAUAUGGAUAGACUAUUAUUAACGGUCCUAUUUGACUGCGCAAUUACAACGCGGCUCCAAAUAUUUUGCCAUACUUUUAUAAACUAUAAUACUUAUCUAAAUUAGAAACUAUUUAAACUGUGGUAGCUGCAGAAACGGAAGCUUGUUUAAAAAAUGGUUAAAUCAUUUAUGUUUUUUGAUUGGAGUCAGUCAAGAG